AUGUGCGGGCGGGACCGUAAUCAAGCCGCAACAAUCUCUAGCACUAGCAUUAAUGCAUGUCACCUUACUGAUCUUGACACAUUUCCACCCGACGAGCAUUAUACUCCCGCCGAUUCUUGUUCUAGACCUGGAUUGCCCCGUCUUGGCUCUUGUUCCAAGACUCACUUAUUACAAUCUCCUCGUACCCCACCGCUUUUUGAGUCUAUUGAUAAUUCUACUCAACCGGACAAAUUGCUUGACUUAUGCAACAAUUCCUCCCCUGGCUCAGACUCAGACUCAGACUCAGACAAUCCAUGCCUUACCACGUGCAGUCCUUGCUUGGAUGUUGAUUAUUUUGGCAAAUAUCUCAUGAAUCUAUCUGUUUCUGGAGCAACUAGGCCUGCCCCGCUUCCCCUUGGCAACAAUCCCCUUCCUUCUGACGCCAAAGAACCCCAUCAUGACAAUUCAUACAUAGAAGACAACGACAAUGCUUAUCCUUACCCAGACGAUCCAGACAAUCCAGACAAUCCAGACAACGCCAAGGGAGUGCUCGUGGAGGAACCGCUGAUCCGUGUCCCACCGGAUGAUGCCAAGGGGCCUCCCAAGCCUCCUGGCAAUGAUGGAGGAGCCGGCAUGCCUCUAUUUGAUGCUCACCCAACGCUACGGAACAUUUACUUGCGCACUUGGGCUCAGUACGCGUUCAACCAUGCAACACAAGACUCUGUUCAAUUGAUACUGGAGUCCCACAAAUUGGCCCUUAUGGCCAAUGCACAAUACCUCCCUCAGCUGCUUGUUGAAGAGAUUCAACAAAUGCCUCUUACUCUACGGUCGCUUGAGCGCCGGCUUGGAAUGGACCACUCGGAACUAAUCAGAAUCUAUCCUGUGUGCCCCGAGCCCACAUGCGGCAGACAAUACACCAUGGAGCAACUUUACCAGCUCCCCAAUCCCCAGUGCACUUGGAACGUUGGAGAACAAUGCCUUGGUAUUCUAUACACGGAGCGCUUACUUGCCAACGGUACUAUCAAGCGUAGCCCCUCUAAAUCAUUUCCUUACAUUCCUCUCCCUGCUGCUCUUGGUUGUCUAUUGUCCCGCCCCGGUAUGUCCAAGCUUUGUCAACAUUGGCGUAACAACAACAAUCCCAACGAUGAGCCAACUGAGAACCCAACAAGGCCUCAGGAUCCUGUGGAGUGGUUCAACAACAUGCCAGUCAACCAACAAUUUUCGGACAUCAGCAAGGGCUGGGGUUGGCGGGCGCAUGCAACGGGACUCACCCAACAAUUUAUUAAUGGCAACCUUACACUUAAUGCCAAUGGAUACCAGGCAAACAAAGGCGAUUACACUGCCGCUACUACAGGCAUUGAGUUGCCGGUGCACAAUGCUGAGACGGGGGAAAUUCAAGACCAAUGCGUUUACGCAAACUUAUCCGUCCUUGUGGUCGAUUGGAUCGCGCGCAUCAAGUGUAUAGGUCAUGUUGGCGCUACUUCCAAAGAAAACCACUGCCCGUAUUGCAAGCUACGGGCCUGUUUGCUGUCGACCGAGCAAGGCUAUGACCAUGAAGUUUAUGAUCUUUGCAAGCCUCACAAGCAUUUACAGCAUAAGCACCGCUGGCUCUGUGCGGAAUGGUGUCGUGCACCACUGUAA